GUCCAAAUCAAGUAAAAAGAUGGCUGACGCUGCUCCCCAACAACGUGGUGGUUUUGGCCGUGGUCGCGGUGGUCCCCGUGGCCGCGGUGGUCCCCGUGGCCGUGGCCGCGGUCGCCGUGACGAAGGCAAGGAGGGCUGGACCCCCGUGACGAAGCUCGGCCGCCUCGUCAAGGAGGGCAAGAUCGAAUCGCUCGAGCAGAUCUUCCUCUACUCGCUCACGGUCAAGGAGUCGGAGAUUGUCGACUACUUCCUCAAGGACCGCCUGAAGGACGAAGUCAUGAAGAUCAUGCCCGUCCAGAAGCAGACGACGGCCGGCCAGCGCACGCGCUUCAAGGCCUUCGUCGCCGUCGGUGACCACGCCGGCCACAUCGGCCUCGGCGUCAAGUGCGCCAAGGAAGUCGCCACCGCCAUCCGUGGUGCCAUUGUCCAGGCCAAGAUGUCGCUCGUCCCGGUCCGCCGUGGCUACUGGGGCAACAUGUCGGGUCUCCCGCACACGGUCUGCAACAAGGUCACGGGCAAGUGCGGUUCGGUCCGCGUCCGCCUCAUUCCGGCCCCCCGUGGUACGGGCUUGUGCGCGGCCCCGGCCCCGAAGAAGCUCCUCGGCAUGGCUGGUAUCGAAGAUUGCUACACGUCGGCGCGCGGCCACACCCGUACGCUCGGUAACUUCGUCAAGGCCACGUACUACGCUCUCCGCAACACGUACUCGUACUUGACGCCCGACCUCUGGGUCGAGAACAAGUUCGGCAAGACCCCCUACCAGGAGCACGCCGACUUCCUCUCGAAGGUCAUUGCCAAGAAGUAAAUCUUGACAAGAUUCAAGGAUUGACGGGGGAGAGCGCACGGACGAGCGCUACGGUGCGUAGGUGUCGACCCCCGCCAUCGACGACUUGUAGAGAAGAGAAGCAGAAUGGGAAAGCUAGUUUGGCUGCAGUUGCGUAGGUGGCGACCCACUCUGUAACUCUAAUUUAUCGAGCUGUUGAUGCACAACCUG